GCUGCCGAUGCAUUCUUUCGGUUCUUUUGCGCUCUCGCGAGCAUGACAUUGUUUGACAGAAUUUUGACGUGAUAUUGCUGCAAGGCAAAAGUUCUGUAUUCCGUAUUUUAUUUAAUUCUUUUGAAUAUUUUUUACAAAUUGUGCCAAUAAAAAGUGAAAGAGGUGCAUUCCGAUCGUGAUCAAAUGAUUUACACAUACUAAGGCUAACUUUUGUUUGAAAAGACCUAGCUGAAAAUAGGCUCAAGAUGUCUCGUCAUCGAAAUGUCCGUACUAUGAAUUACGAUGAAUACGAUGACGAUGACGACUACCAGUAUAGCCACUCAGUGGAAGAUGAUUGCAUAUCUCCGUCGGAUGCUAAGGUGUGGAUUUAUGAUCGCGAAAAGGGACAACGAAACAUGUCAGAGUUUUUAGCAAACCACAGGGAUAUUGCGGAAGAGGACGACGAACAAUUGAAGGCAGAAUGCGAACAAUCAGAAAAAGAAAUGCAAAAAUUGCAGCGGAGAGAUUCAGAGUGUUAUCAAAUACCUCAACUAGACGACGAAGAUCGAGUACGAUUAGUAUCCUGCAUGGAGGAAAUAAGAAACAUUAUUGGCGAGAGCAUCACCGACCGACAACUUGUUGAAGCUAUCAUGAAACACAAUUACGAUUUUAACAAGGCCCUAGAUGAUAUUCUUAACAGUAGUAAAACUCCACCAACUUUUAUUCCUAACUGUGAGGCAGGAAAAAGCACUAUGGAAUCCGUCGAAAAAGGGGUUGGUGAUCGGUUAUUCGAGAAAUCAGACAAGCUGCUAGCCCAAAAUCCUGCACUACUAACAACCACAGUUCCAGUCAUUGAAGCAAGUAAACCAACCAUUCUCGUAACACCAUCCGCGAAAAAAGUAGGCGUUACUCUGGGGUUCGAAAUAAACAGCCCGCGGGUACAGUCUCCCUCUGUAUCCGGACGCAACACACCGGAGAUCAGCGAAGAGGGCAAACAACAACAGACACAGAAACCUAUUCCCAGGGAACUACAACGGAAUGCUCAGGAACUAUUCAAUAAGGAACGAGGGGCGGAUAAACAGCACAUACAUAUGGUUGUCAUCGGCCAUGUCGAUGCCGGUAAAAGUACGUUAAUGGGACACUUACUGUGCGACACUGGCUAUAUUUCCCAGCGGAUAAUGCACAAAAAUGAGCAAGAAAGUAAAAAGAUGGGCAAGCAGAGUUUUAUGUAUGCAUGGGUGCUAGAUGAAACAGGUGAAGAACGAGAACGAGGUAUAACUAUGGAUGUGGGAAGCUCAAAGUUCGAAACUGCCAGUAAACAGAUAACUCUUUUGGAUGCACCUGGUCACAAGGACUUCAUACCGAACAUGAUCUCAGGAGCGAAUCAAGCAGACGUUGCUCUACUUGUUGUAGAUGCCACCAGAGGAGAAUUUGAAACUGGCUUUGAGCAAGGUGGCCAAACUCGUGAGCAUGCUUUGCUAGUGCGUUCAUUAGGAGUUAACCAAUUAGGAGUCGUAAUCAACAAGCUGGACACCGUGAAUUGGUCGAAGGAUCGUUUCGAUGAGAUUGUUGGCAAACUGAAAAUUUUCCUCAAGCAAGCCGGAUUCAAAGACACCGAUGUGAUGUAUGUCCCUUGUUCUGGUCUGACUGGACAAAAUUUAGUGAAAGACCCAACUGAUCCAGAGUUACUGAAAUGGUAUAAAGGACCGACUCUGCUUAAAGUAAUUGAUACAUUCAAAACUCCUGAACGCUUGAUUGACAAACCCUUCCGUAUGUCAAUUUCGGAUAUAUUCAAAGGUACUGGUUCCGGAUUUUGUAUCUCUGGUCGUAUCGUAUCCGGUGUGAUUUGUGUCAAUGAUAAAGUGUUGGUUUGUCCCAGCAAGGAGCAAGCGGUUGUGAAAAAUAUCGCAAUCGAUGAGGUGCAAUACACAACCUGUUUCGCUGGCGAUCAGGUUUCGAUCACACUGGCAAACGUGGACAUGGCUAACAUCGCCGUUGGGUUUUUACUCGGUGACAUUUACAAUCCGAUUCCGCUGGCAACACGAAUCCGUGCUCGUAUUGUGGUGUUUAAUAUCAAAGUUCCCAUUACAAUGGGCUAUCCAGUGCUUCUGCAUCACCAGUCACUCAUCGAACCGGCGAUAAUUUAUAAACUGAAGGCACAGUUGCACAAGGGUACGGGCGAGAUAGUGAAGAAAAAUCCUCGCUGCUUGGGAAAUAAUUCGUGUGCUCUUGUUGACAUUGAAUUCCAACGAUCUAUUGGUAUGGAACGAUACGCAGACUGCAAGGAGUUAGGCAGAAUUAUGCUUAGGGUGAGUGGAGUAACGAUCGCUGCUGGGCUUGUUACAGAUAUUGUGAAAUGAGGUAGGUUCAUAAGGGUGGUUUUUACAGUCAAAGAUUUGCAAUAAAAUGAAAAUGACAAA